AGGGCUACAAUCGGUGAUCGUGUACUCCGUCAUCCUUUCGUCAUCAAAGAGCAGCGUAUUUGCCUUCGAGCGACUCCCAUUCUCACACGGUCUCAUGAAUGCUUGUGUUCCUCACAACUCCACCAAGUCUUUGAGCAGACUCCUGCAGCUGUCGACCCUCACCCCUCUCCGUAUACAUAGCUCGGAUUGUCAUUCGGUGGCUGGAGGAGCAGCCAGCGAACCCCUCGCCUCCCUCCAAUGUGGGCGGCUCUUGCAGUCACUGACCAACUCCAGGUCGUUGGGCCAAGGCCGACGGCUCCACGCCCACAUGGUCGCCUCCGGCGUCCUCCUCGACAACACCUACCUCAGCACCAAGCUCUGCGCUAUGUACUCCGCCUGCGGCUGCGUGCGCGAAGCCCGGGUCAUCUUCGACGGAAUCGUCCUCAAGAGCUCGUUCCUGUGGAACGUGAUGAUCCGGGGCUGCGCCUGCGGUGGGUCGCCGCUCGAGUCGCUUCUCUUGUACCGUGAGAUGUUGAAGUUUGGCAGAAGGUCGGAUAACUUCACGUACCCGUUUGUGCUGAUGGCAUGCGGUGAUCUAUGCCUUGUUGAGGUCGGAAGAAGGGUGCAUUCUGAAAUAAUUGUUUGUGGGUAUGAGUCCGACGUCUUCGUGGCCAAUUCUCUUCUGUCGAUGUAUUCCAAGUUCGGACAGAUGGAGAUCGCUCAGAAGUUGUUCGACGGAAUGCCGGUUAAAGAUUUAACUUCUUGGAACACGAUGAUUUCAGGUUAUGCAAGGAAUAAUGAUCCGGCGACGUCUCUGUCGCUCUUUGCUGAUAGGCCUCUCACCGGAAGUCGGCUGGAUGAGGCGAGUCUUCUGGGUGUACUGCCUGCUUGUGCAGAUUUGAUGGCCCUGAAGCAAGGGAUGGAGAUUCAUGCCUGCAUUCUUCGUAGUGGCAUGGAAAUCAAUGGUUUUUUGGUUAAUGCUCUGAUCGAUGUCUAUGCCAACUCCAAAUUCAUCGUAGGUGCCUGGCGUUUGUUCAAGAACAUGUGCAGGAAAGAUACUGUCUCAUGGAACUCCAUGAUUUCUGGUUAUGCUAGACAUGGUGACGCUGCUGAAAGCCUGAGUCUUUUUCGUCGAAUGAACUUAGAGGGCGUAGUCCCUGAUGCAGUAACUCUUAUAGCAGUGCUCGGAGCAUGUGAUCGGGUCGGAGCCAUGCGAUUUGGAACAAGCCUUCAUGCUUAUCUCAUUGGAAAAGGGUUCGAAAACAGGGUGACUGUGGGGACUGCACUUGUAGACAUGUACGCCAAGUGUGGUAGCCUGGAGUGUUCUCGUCAAGUUUUCGACGAAAUGCCAGUGAAAAAUUUUGUUUCCUGGAGCGCAAUGAUUUCAGGGUAUGGACUCCAUGGAAGGGGAAGGGAGGCACUUGCUUGCUUUGAUGAGAUGAAGGCAAAGGGUAUCAGACCAGAUGAGAUCACCUUCGCAUCGGCUUUGUCAGCAUGUGGUCACACAGGACUGGUCCGCGAGGGUAGGGAGAUCUUCUACCAAAUGUCAAAGGCGUACUGCUUGAAGCCUAAGGUUGAUCACUAUUCCUGUGUGGUGGAUAUUCUUGGAAGGGCUGGGGACUUGGAAGGAGCAUACAAAUUCAUCAUGAACAUGGAUGCAAAGCUGAUAGCUGAUGUUUGGGUAGCACUUCUUUCUGCUUGCAGGAUUCAUCACAAUGUUGAGCUGGCUGAGAUUGCUGCUAGGAAUAUUAUCAGUCUAAAACCUGAACACAUUGGUCCUUAUGUCACCCUCUCUAGUUUGUAUGCUGCCGAUAAAAGGUGGAGUGAUGUAGAAAGGAUCAGAGGUUUGGCAAGACUAAAUGGACUGAAGAAACCACCAGGUUGCAGCUUUGUUGAGUCAGAUAUCAUGAUCUACAGGUCUCUAGUAGGGGACAAUUCACAUCCUUAACCCAAGCACACAUAUCAAGUUACAUGAAUCAAGACAACUGCUGAAAGAAGCUGGUAUGUCCCAGAUACCAGAUAUGUUUGCUAUAUACCAGUUACUUGGAAGUUGGAACCACUACUUGCAUGAUGAAGAACAUCUGUGUUUCUGGUGAUUCACAUUUCACGAUGCUACAGAACUAAUUUCCUAACUUCCAAAGAAAUUAUUAUAAGAGGUUGAUGUUCGUCACGGAUCCACUGCAGGAAGGAUCUUAUUUAUCUUAUCUUCUUGAUUGCUCGACCUAGGAGGUCUCGGAGGUCUCAUCACUGAACAUAUCAGUGACUGGAUCAAAUGGAUAUGGCUCCAAAGGCUCUGUUGCUUCAAGGAUCUUCUCGAUCGGUAUCUCUGGCUUCGAUCUUUUCAUAGGUGUGAUGGGCUUGAAGAAAUUCUGUGAAUCCGGGCAAUAAUCCUGAAACAAACAACAGUGGGUUUAUGAUACAAGACACGCGAAGAACGUGCAUCUGACUCCAGGAGAAGAACCUCAAAUUACCUGAUCAGCAUGCAUUUUCUUCACGAACAAUUUAAAUAUCGCCCAGUUUUCGCUCUCCAGCAGAACAUCCGAGAGUCGGAGAUACGUCAAUGCAGAAAUCCUCACUUUGGGAGGGCCGUUCGGAUUGAUCCCAUUCGGCCUCGCGUUCCUCAGCAUUACAUUGUAUGCUGCCGUGUCAUACCGAUUCAGUGCAUUCUCGCAGGCUACUUCGAUCCCCUCCCUCCACGCCGCACUCAGCACCUGGCAAUAUCUCUCGGGUUAGUCCAACUCCUGUGCCCUGUUGCAGUCUGCAAGGAAUGUUACGCUUCGUAGCUUACCUGCUGCACGAGCUCCUCAGGCCGACUCUUGGCUUCUUCGGGUUGCUCGGAGUCUCUCAUCUCGACGCAGGUAAAGUUCAGAAUGGCAUCGUGCCUCGUCAGCUGCCGUGCAAUGGUUCUGUAGCCAUCUCGCACCUUCAAGUUGUAGUAGCCCGCGGUGAGCUCUGCUGCAUGGCUAGCGUCUUUGUACCACCAGUGAACACCAGACACCUGAUAUGGAUUCGUACAGCAUCGGGUAUCACUCGAAACAACGGCGAGAUCUUCAGUCAUGGACACAUACUUUGAUGGCAAGCUUCAGUUUGCAUCCGAGGAAAGCCUGGUUGGCCCGAUCAAGGAUCUGGUCUGCGUGCUUCAGCAACUUGUUGGAGUACCAAGUCAGGAAGAACUUCCCCUUCUCUGUGAGGUACGUCCCGUUCUCUGCAAAGAACUUUGUCUUCUCGGGGGUGUCAUUGUACUCACCUGCAUCAUCUGGCAACUUCCAAUCAGGAUGCCCUGCCUCGGCUACAGCUUGACGGAAAUCUGCCGUGACAUACUUGUCGUAGCACGGCAACAUCAUUUUUUGUCGAGGUCGAUGCAGAAAAAAGGUUCUCUGAUAUGAUUGAUGACAUUACAGAGAGCGUACCUGAAACUCCCCAAUGCCCGGGAAAUUCCAUCCCUGGACCUGUGGAUAGGAUGGGUACCUCAAUUCUCCGGCAGGGCCGAGGCCUACCUCUAUGUCCCUGAUGAGACAAGCGUGCAGGAAGUCCGCCAUGUUCUCUCUGAAGCUUUUCAUGAAGUCGCUGUAGAGCUGUCAUGGAAGAAGACCGAAGAUUGUGUUACGGAUACAGGAACAUUCUCAGCGUUCCAUUGUUUUCACGUGUACUUUCGAUGUUCUUUAUCUUAGUGCUGAUUAGAUCAGAGAUGGAGACAGUUUACGUGUUCCCUGGGUUUUGCAUGUUCCACGUUCAAGUUCUGCACUUUGCUUGAUGCCAUCACUUUGGAUUGGCACUUUUGUUAGAAUGAAUGAUUAGUGAUUAGUGUUGAUUAA